AUGGUUAAUGCUGUUGCUGUUCUCAGAGGUGAUGCCGGUAUUUCUGGUGUCGUUCACUUCACCCAAGAAUCUGAAUCUUCCCCAACCACAAUUUCUUACAAGAUUACCGGUAACUCUCCAAACGCUAAGCGUGGUUUCCACAUCCAUCAAUUUGGUGACAACACCAACGGUUGUACCUCUGCUGGUCCCCACUUCAAUCCAUUUGGCAAGACCCAUGGUGCCCCAACCGACGAAACCAGACACGUUGGUGACUUGGGUAACGUCAGCACUGAUGCCUCUGGUGUUGCCGAAGGUUCCAUCUCUGACUCCUUGGUCAAGUUGAUUGGUCCAAACUCUAUCUUGGGUAGAACCGUUGUUAUUCACGCCGGUCAAGACGAUUUGGGUAAGGGUGGUAACCCAGACUCUUUGAAGACUGGUAACGCUGGUGGCAGACCAGCUUGUGGUGUCAUUGGUCUUUCCGACUAA